AUGGUGUCCGCUGGUCCUUCCAAGGGCUUCAUGCUUGCCAUGCGCAGCUCCAUUAGGGCCCCGACCAAGGCGGACGAUGCUACUCUGGCAGUACACAAGCUCGAGGAAAAGUAUAAGGUCUCGAAGUGGAACACGGCUCUGCUUUGCUUUAGCUAUGUCGCUACCACUCAGCAUCUCGCCAUGAAGUGUCUCUCAAAGUCCUUGAUACUUAACGCUACACAAAUGGCGGACUACUUGUUCUGGGGUGUGAACCUUAUACUUCUGCUUGCGACUUGGCUCGUCAGUGCUGCACUGGGCCGGGGGCGCAGGGAAUUUUUGGCAUCAAUCGAUAUCAUCCUCAAUGUUUUACUAACAUCAUGA